AUGCGUGUUUGUGAGUUACUUGAGUCCGUCAAGGAACUUGUUACCGACGCGAACUUUGAUUGUAGUGAAUGGACAACUCACAUGUCGCGUUAUUAUCACUUUUAUUACGUUCUGAAGGAUUUAAUCCAUAUCGUUGUGACCGAGUCCGAAGAAUCUGUUAAUAUUGAACUUGAUCAAGGAUGUUUCACUUCAAUUCUCUCUCAAAUAUCUUUGAAUUUCACAAAAGGUAUCCCAUUAUCUGAACAAGUUAUAUUUUAUUUAUCUGAAAAUAUGCCAUUGCUUGAAGAAUAUAAAUGGAUAUUGGUUAUAUUCGAUAUUACCUUGCUUCAAAAAUUGAUGAUGAAUAAAAUG